GAGAUAAAUUGUGUGUGGUACAAUUGGUGGAGUCGGGUACGAAACUGUCCUUUCGCUUUUCCUGUGAGGGACAGUUCACAGCUUAAACAAACCCGCUAAAUCAAGAACAAAAACCCGAAAGAAAGGGGGAUCUAUCGGGGAGUUUAAUAUGUCUGGAAAUAAAGAAAGCGACGGAGGAUGGAAGACAUUUGUGUGGAAUUCAGAGAAGAAGGAGUUUCUAGGACGAACAGGCAGCAGUUGGUUUAAAAUCCUCGCUUUCUACGUGAUAUUCUACGGAUGCUUGGCUGGAAUUUUCGUCGGGACCAUUCAGGCUCUGCUGCUCACAAUAAGUAACUACAAGCCCACCUAUCAGGACAGAGUCGCCCCCCCAGGUCUAUCACACACCCCUCGCUCUGACAAAUCUGAAAUUGCUUUCCGUAAGUCUGAUGAGAAGUCCUAUGAGAAGUAUGUCAGCAGCUUGACCGACUUCCUUAAGCCAUAUGAUGUAGAACUUCAGUUGGAGCAGCUGAAAUUUGAAAACUGUGGAGACACUCCUCAGUCAUACAAGGAUCGUGGACCUUUGGAAGGCAAACCAUUAGUGAGAAAUGCAUGCCGCUUCAACCGCAAUUUGCUGGGCAGCUGCUCAGGAGACAGCGAUCCCACAUAUGGCUUCAAAGACGGGAAGCCUUGUAUCAUCGUCAAGCUCAACAGGAUCGUCAACUUCAGACCAAAGGCUCCUUCUAGCAAUCAGUCACUUCCGGAGUCUCUGCAAGGAAAACUUCAGCCCAAUCUGAUCCCCAUCCACUGCAAAAAUAAGAGAGAGGAGGACGAAGGCAAGAUUGGUGAGAUCAAAUACUUUGGCAUGGGUGAAGGCUUCCCUCUCCAGUACUACCCGUACUAUGGCAAAGCACUCCACCCUCAGUACCUGCAGCCUCUGGUGGCCAUCCAGUUCACCAACCUCACCCUGGACCAGGAGCUCCGUAUUGAGUGCAAAGUUUACGGAGCAAACAUAGAUUACAGCGAGAAAGACCGCUACCAAGGACGAUUUGACGUUAAGUUCACUAUCAGCUCGUGACCUCAGCCUUGAUGCGCAUUACUCUUCAUUUUGAAACAAAUCAAAUGUAGAGAGAAAUAAGAGUUCAGAUAAACACCACUAGUCUUUGAACAUUCAUAAUAUACAGGACCUACACUUAAUCUGUGUGCUUUACACUAGCUUUUCUGUGUGUUUGUCGAGGGUUAGAAUGUAAAAAAAACAAGAGUAGCAAUAGCAAAUAUUUAUUCUACUGUACAUGAAAAUAUUCCUUGAGCCAUGGGAUGUGUUCAUCUAUUACUGUAAAACCGCAAUUCCACUACUGACGUGUAGCGAGCUGUGUUUCUGUCCCCAGUGUUUCAUCCUAAUGUGCUCUCUAUAUAUUUUUGGAGUGUCCAGUGCUGUAGUCUAGUUCUGUUGUAACCUCUUCUGUCUUAUGUCAGCUUUAGUGGUCCAAGGUGUGUGCUCCGUGUCUGUGUGCAGGUGUGUGUUAGUUUAUGUGAGUGUGUGGAGUGUGUGUUAAUGUGCUACGACUAACUGAAAUACUAGCAUGGUACUCUGAACCUUUAAGGCCUAUGUUUGAGUAAAUGACUGCGCUCCAUAAACUCUUUUAGUUUUUUUCCUGUGUGUUUUCUUUUUUUCCAAGUUGUGGAAGGAUACAUUUGUUCACCUUUUCUUUGUUGUUCACCAUAGCUGUAGGAUAUGGUUUGAUGACAUUUCUGUUUGAUACAUCUGUUCAUUCUUAAUUCCUAGUGUAGAGCUUUGUGGGUCCAGCCUAGACGACUGUCACCUCCAUGGAAACAGUGGCAACUCAGUGCUUUGAAAUCUGUUUUUGCUGGAGACAUCACAUAAUGUGAUGCUACUUACUAUUGAAUGUUUUAGCCAUUUUCAUGGUGGAAGAAUUUUAUAUUUAUGCAGUUGUACAUUUUUUUUUCAAAGUUUAAUGUUAUGAAUCCAAUACCAAAGUCGCUGGUCAAAAAGAGUUAAAGAAUAUUAUCAGAGGCAAUGCAGUAUCCCGUGUAAUAAGAUGUUUAGUUGGUGUGAAAAAUACUUAAUUCAAUGUUGAAGAUCAAAACACUUGUCAGGAGUCUGCUCUUGUCACUUUAUUUAAUCUGCAUAAGGCUGAAACAAUAAACAGACAAAUGAGACAACUGUGAA